CUGAGUCAUUUAACAGGGAGUGUCCAUGUUAUUCCCGCUGUAAAAAGAGAAACUGUGUGUCUGCUGCUCCGAACUAUUCACACUUGAAUGAGAACAUGAAGCGACACUGCAGUGGAUCUUCCCUCAUCCUUAAAGUGCAGCUGUGGAUAAUCUGUUGAAGAACCCACAUAUUUCAUGUCAUCUGGUGGAGCUUUAUCAAAGAUGUGUCAGCUUCAGUGUGAAAUAUGAUGCCGUUGACUAAAUCACAAGAAACCCAAGACCCAUCCUGUUUGUUGGAGGGAUAAUUAGAUGCCAACUGAAUCAGAGUAAACUCAGCUUCUCUGGGAUCUUUACAAAAUAAGCUCAUUAUGAGACUCUGAUGUUGAAACCCACAGAAAACAGAAGAUGGAUGCUGUGAAAAUAUUCUGCUGGACUCUGGAGUGUGUCUGCCUCCUGCUGUCUGUAACUGCAGAUCAGAAAAUCAUCACAGUCGAGUCUGGACAGAACCUCACGCUGCCGUCUCGAGCUCCAAAUGAGAACAAAAGCAUCACAGUAGUAGAGUGGAGCAGAACUGAUCUGGGGUCAGAACAUGUGCUUUUGUACCGAGAUGAACAGUUUGAACCAGAAGAGCAGCAUCCAUCUUUUAAGAACCGGGUGGAUCUGCAGGACAGACAGAUGAAGGAUGGAGACGUGUCUCUGAUUCUGAAGGAUGUGACGACUGCUGAUAGCGGAACAUAUGAGUGUCGAGUCUUCAUGGGAGGGAAAGGACGCAGGAAAAGAGCUCAUCUGAAGACUGAUCCCAUCAGCAUCAUCAGGUUAAGCGUUUCUCCAGGUCAGUCAGAAAGACGUGCUGGACUGAUGCUCAGUUUGUCACUUGUUGCUGUGUUUGUUGUUUCUGCUGUUGGUUUUCUGAUCUACAAAAAACAUAAACAACAGAGUCAGGAUUCAUCCCAGCCUUCUCCUGCUGAACAGUGUGAGGUUAAAAUGUCUCUGAGCACAGCUGUGAGUGAGUCUCCUGCUGCUGUUCCAGCUUCUCAGAGGUGACACAGAUCAUCCAGUGGAGACAGACGAGGACAUCCUGAAUUUGUUGUUCAGCAUCUUUGUGAAAGUCUUGAACAUUUUCCUUUGGACAUGUUGAACUUUAACUAAAGAUGCUUUCAGUCCAAAAGUCUUUUUCUUCCUGUUGUUUGGUGCAAAGCGUCGACGAUCAUCCAGAAAACAUUUUCAGCUUUAAUCCUGGUUUCAGGUGAAAGUUUGUCUUUAGCUCCUCACUGUCCUGAUGAGCUGCAUGAACAGCAGCUGGAAGUCAGUUUGUUCAUGAGAAGUUUGGACUCUUUUUCUUUUAUAAAACAUAUAAAACAUGUAAAUUACAGACGUGUCCUGUUUCUACUGUGAGUGUAGCUGUUAGCUCGUGACCUCCUGCUGAGCUGAAGCCUCAGACUGUUUCUGUAGUUUAAAUAGAUGACACAUCAUUCAUACAUCUGUGUGUGUUCAUUGUAUGCAGCUUUUAUUGAUUACAUGUACUGUGAAACUCUUUAUUUAUAUUACAGCUUUUUUUUUAUUUUAUUAUUAAUUAGUGAGUUUUUCUGUACAGAUGAAUUUUCUUUGAUCAAAAACUUUGUGAGCUGAGUCUGAUGUUGUUUUCUGAGCAUGUCUCCUCCACUCUGCUCCUUCUACUGAGAAAGUCUUUAAUCAGGUUUUUGUUUCUGUAUUUGACUGUAAAUAAAGUGUCUUCAGAUAUC